UUAGGACAUAUUUUUUGGGAUUCAACGUAGGUGAAUGAGAGAGGGAUUGCUGUUGAUAUUACGAGUCUGUGGACAAGAAGUCUGUGGACAAGAAGUCUGUGUGGACCAAGUGGAAGAUGAAGUUCGAACACCUACUCUCGGUUGUCAAUGGAUUUGGACGGUUCCAGAUUAUGAUCAUUAUCAUCAGCUUUAUUGGUCGAUUCACCCUGCCGUGUCACUUCCUGCUGAACAACUUCAUUGCCGCCGUACCCUCUCACCACUGUGACCUCAGCGCUCUGGAUGAUGGCAGCCUCUUUGGGAAUCUGACCCAGGAGCAGAGACUGACUGUCAGCGUUCCAGUACAGGAAGAUGGGACUCCAAGCUCCUGUAAGAUGUUCCCAGAGCCCCAGUUCCACAUCCUGUCCAACUCCAAUAACAGUGAUCUAGUUACAGUCCCCUGUCAGAAUGGAUGGGUAUAUGACAACAGCACCUUCAAAUCCACUCUGGCUACAGAGUGGGACUUGGUGUGUGACCAGAAAGGGCAAAAUAAGGCGACAACAACCAUUUUUUUCAUAGGAGUGAUGUUCGGAGCUAUGACCUUUGGAAGCCUGAGUGACAGGUUUGGUAGGAAGCCCAUGCUCCUGGUGUCCUAUAUCUCUGGCAUGCUGUUUGGUUUUGCCAGUGCUUUCUCCACUUCUUUCAUCAUGUUCGCUGUGCUCAGGUUCUUCACUGGGUUCGGUAUCACCGGCAUCGUUAUCGUCUCAUCAGUACUCAGUGUGGAGUGGGUGGACAUUGAGCACAGAAAGCUGGUGGGAGUGAUUGACAGCCUGUCCUGGACGUUUGGUUACUGCAUGAUUCCAGCCAUAGCCUACUGUGUGACCGACUGGAGACAGCUGACCAUAGCGGUCACCUCACCUCUUGCUCUAGCCAUACUCACCUGGAGGUGGAUUCCUGAGUCAGCCAGGUGGCUCAUAGCCAAUGGGAAGUUUGAGAAAGCUAACUUUUAUUUGCAACAAUGUGCCCAGAUGAACCAGAAGGAGGAGUUUGGAUCCAAAAUUACACCAGAGACUCUGUCUAGUGUUAUUGUGACAGAGAGAAAAGACCAAAGUCACUCCUACCUGGACUUGGUCAGGACACCAAAGAUGAGGAGGCUGGCUCUACUAACAGGCAUAGUGUGGUAUGGUGUGGCAUCAACAUUUUAUGGCAUUAGCUUCAACAUCACUGGAUUUGGACUCAAUAUCUAUCUGACCCAGUUUGUGUACGGUGCCAUAGAGCUGCCAGCCAAACUAUCAGCGUACUACCUUCUGGAUAAGGUGGGCAGGAGAAACACAGAAGUGGGAUCUUUACUAGGAGCUGGAAUCUGUCUCGCUAUCAACAUCUUCAUACCCCGAGACAUGUCUGUUUUAAGGACGGUGGUGGCGGUGCUGGGGAAGGGUUGCUCGGCAACAUCCUUCACAACCGUUGUGUUGUACAGCUCUGAGCUGUUCCCUACUGUGGUCAGGCAGAACGGCAUGGGCUACAACUCAUCCAUGGGUCGUCUGGGAGUGUCUCUGGCCCCUCUGAUCCUGCUGCUGGAUGAGGUGUGGAGGGACCUUCCACAGGUCCUCCUCUGCUCCAUAGCUCUGCUGGCUAGCCUGGUGGCCAGGAUGCUGCCGGAGACACGGGGCCGCUGUCUACCAGAGACCAUCCAGGAUGUCGAGGACGGGCAGACAGGGAAAGGUUUGGCUGGAUCCCAAGUUGUGGAAACAACAGAUAUCCCUCUCAAAUCAAAGGACAAUGAUGAGAUGGAAAAUGGAUACUAAGAUUAUUCCUGUAUAUAUUUUUGAUAUGCCCAAAUGUGCACCCUGUGGAAUGCUUU